AUGGGCCUCCCCCACAUCGACUUCAAUAAGGUAGACUGGUCGCGCUACGCCUACACACAAUAUGCAACCUCGGAGACAUACCUGUGCAAUUCCAUCAUGGUCUUCGACUCUCUGGAGCGGCUUGGAUCUCGCGCUGAGCGCAUCCUGUUCCAUCCGCUCGAAUGGGAUCUGAUUGUGCAGGACGAGGGCGACCGCAUUAGCCAGCUCCUCUUGAUGGCCAAAGACAAAUACCGUGUGGAGCUCAGACCGAUUGCAAUUGAGGGCAUCAGGGUCGAGCCCGAAGGUGGCCCGUCUGCAAAGGCUUCCUGGGACACCAGCGUUGCCAAACUGGCUGCCUUCGGCGUCGUCCAGUACGAACGGGUCAUCCACCUCGAUAACGACUUGACCGUCCUGCAGAACAUGGACGAGCUGUUCUUCCUCCCUGAGACGACGAUUGCCAUGCCCCGUGCCUACUGGCUGCUCCCUCACACCGAUAUCCUCACUUCCCUAUUAGCCGUUAUUCAACCCUCGUACCGCGAGUACACGGCUCUGAGAGAGGAUGGCAGCGCGGUCGCUUCGGGCCAGGUGGGCAACUUGAAGGAAAAUAGAUUCGACAUGGAGAUCCUCAACGGCCGCUACGGUGACGUUGCCAUGGUUCUUCCCCACAAGCAAUACGGCCUUAUCACGGGCGAGUUCCGCAAGAAAGAUCAUCGGUACUAUUUGGGCGAAGAUGCGGAGUGGAAUCCCGACAAGGUGCUGGCUGAGGCCAAAUUGGUCCACUUUUCUGACUGGCCGCUGCCUAAGCCUUGGGUGAUGUGGCCCCAGAAGCAGCUGGCUGAGCUCCAGCCACAGUGCGACAAGAACCCAGGGACGCCACAGGAGUCUGGUUGUCGGGAUCGCGAGGUAUGGAAGGAAUUGUAUGAUGAUUUCCGCCGACGGCGAAAGGAUAUUUGCAAGCUGUUGAGCUAUCCAGCGCCAGUCCAAGCAUGA